AUGCAUGCGACCGGGUGGCCCACGGCGUCAUCGGUGGAGGGACGAGCGGGCGCGGGCGAGGAGAGCGCUCCGCCCGCGCCCGACGCGGAGGCGCCGCGACGAAGACGACACCGCCCCCUCUACCGCCGACUAUUCCACUAUGUCCGCACCGCAUGGACCGGGGUCAAGUUUGCUCUAGAUUCCGAACUCGAGGAGUUAGGUGAACAGCUGCCUCGUUACCGACCUGACUCCAUAGCGGCCCUUCGCAGAGCAACCAGGUUCACGGAACCAGAACUCAAAAGAUUGUACCGCGGCUUCAAAGCAGAAUGUCCCACGGGUGUCGUCAAAGAAGAGACCUUCAAACUCAUCUACUCCCAGUUCUUCCCGCAAGGAGCCAACACGGCGCAGUACGCACACUACGUAUUCAAUACAUUGGACCAAGAUCGAAGUGGCUUGUUGAGUUUUGAGGAAUUUGUGACUGGAUUGUCAGUAUUAUCAAGAGGAACGCUCGAAGAAAAAUUAAAAUGGACCUUCUCUUUAUAUGACAUCAACGGCGAUGGUUACAUAACUAAAGAAGAAAUGACUGAAAUUGUGACUGCUAUUUAUGAUCUUAUGGGAAAAAUAGUAGAACCGAUGAUCGAUGACGAGGCUGUACGAGAAAAAGUUGAAAGGAUGUUUCAGAAAAUGGAUCUGAACCGCGAUGGUGUGUUGACGUUGGACGAGUUUCUCGACUGCUGCCUUCGCGAUGAGGACAUCUCGCGCUCUAUGGGCGUGUUUGACAGCAACUUCUGACGCCCCGCCAGGCGUGUGCGACGCUGGCCUUUAUAGAAAUAGAUUUUUGUCUAUUGCUUUACCGCCAUCCAUAACAAUUUCAUAUUUAAAUUUGACUUUCCUUAACGUACUAUUAUUUUGACAUAAUAUUCAAACAAUAAUUUUGAUUACCCCCGUUCCGUUCCUGCCAAACUUUGAAACAAUUAUUAUUUACGAGUGAACCUUAAUUUAUUUAUUAUUUAUAAGGAUGAAUGGGAUGACACAUAAUUAUAGACAUAGCGUAGUUUAAUUGUAACAUUUUCAGAUGUGAAUAUUAGAUUUUCUUAUUCAUAUCUGUCUCUUGAAUAUUUAAAUCGAUCAAUCGUGUCUUACAAGUUUUGAUAAUAAUGGAAAGAGGAACAAAAAUAAUAUUUUUAAGGUCUUGGUCUAAUGAACUACAAAAAAUUAUCAUCUUUAAUCUAUUAAUGUAGUUUAACUUUCUAAAGCUUAACAAAUCUUUCUUCCUUGUAAAAUUAUAAUUGAUGAAAGUGUUAUUAAAAGAAUUUGUCUUGUAUUUUUUUAUUGAACCUGUAAAUAAAUUUUUACAGUUCAUUUUCUAGAAAAUUACUAUAUUUGUUUUAAGACUAACUAGUUCCCAGGGCGUCGCCUUGUCAUGUCCUGCUAUGAGGGGUUAUUAAUACCACUGUAUGGUUACAAUUUCUUUAAAAUGGCCGCAGCCGUCAAAACUUUACGCAUUUAUAAUAUUUGUAGGGACGCUUGUUAAUCUUAAUGCCAAAUCGCAUGUCAUAUGUUUAGAAUUUGUGGAAAUUUAAAAAUAACAAUGUUCUUACAGUGAAUUAUUUAUUUAUUAAUAAGAUUCAUAUAUAAAUGUGUAGAAAUGCCAUCAAUCAAUGUCAAUGGCUGUGUAAAUCGUAGCUAUGUAAAAAAAAUGUGUAGAUAGAGAUAAAAGUAACAAUUGUAAUUAUUUGAAUACUUAUUUUGGCAUUUUAUGGAAGUGUUGAAAUAAUUUUUAUUUGUUAAUAUAUAUAUAUAUAUGUAUAGAAGUAUGGUACCUUAUAUAUGAAAGUAAUAUUUAUUUGUAGGUAUUCUUGAUUGAAUGAAGUUUCGUAACGGUGUUACCCUAUCAUUCAUUUGUUUUUAUUAUUGUAAAUGUUCUCAUGUGACUUCCAUCAAUAUACCUUUACGUAUGUUUCUUUAAAUUAAUCCGGCCAUUUUAAAUAGAAUAUAAUUAUUAACGAUACCUAUUAAAAAACUUAAAAUAUAGUAUUCCUCACUGUAUUUAUAUAUAUAAGUUGCCCCUAGUUAUAUUAAUAUUACAAAAAAUUUUAAUCCAGCCCAAUAAAUGAUCGAUAUUAAAUCCGUGAAAUUCGUGUAAUGCUUUGAUCCCAUAGGGGCAUGUGUAAAUUUAAAAUAAUUGGUGAUAAAAAUAUUUAUGGGAUUAGUGUCUAUGAAAGUAGAAGCCCUUAUUUAAAAUGAAUAUAUGAUUUAUCAUUAAACCUGGUUCACGGCCACCUGAAGAAAGCACUGCCACUACAUUAAAAGUAACAUAUUUGUUAAAUUCAAAAUGGACGACUUCGGAUUCGUCAAUCAGUAAAUUUUUAUUUUUAUUCUAUACGACUUCUCAAUUUGAGUAUAAUAAUUAACAACAUUUAUAGUAAUAUAAUUGGUUUAAUCGUUUAAACCCUUAUCUCGAUUAUAUGUAUAAAUAUAACAUACGAUAUAACUAAUUAUGCUAUAUGUGUCAAAAGAUUCAAACCGACCUUGGAUUAUGUAAGUUGGAUUUUAAAUACAAAUCUGUUAUUUUUUUUUUCUUAAAUAUUUAUUGUUCAUAGACACGCUUAGAGACAAAUGACUCCAUUUCAUUAUCGGUCGAUUGAUUAAUUGUUAAUUAAAACGGACGCUUGUUAAUGUCAUAUAUCAAAAAAAAUAUCUUUAAUUUGAUAUUUUUUUUCUUACAUUUCACUACGAUACUUCUAUAAUAAAGAGAAUGCAAUUAGAAAAUGCUCUCACACGGAGUUAUUCUAAAUUUAAAAUAUCCAUUUACAAAGCAUACAUUAAAAAGGAACAAGCAGAAAUGUUUCAUGAUCGUAAUUUUAUUUUAAUUAUUAUCGAUAGUUCGUUGUGUAAAACAAUUGUAUGAUCUUAAAAUAUUUUUUCAAAUUAUCAUGAGCUGUAAAUAUUUAUUGUAGGUAAAAACAAUUACGUGUAUAUUUUAAUAGCGAAUGUUAAAAACGGAACCAAAUAAUUAGGGGACACAUUUACAUAGCUUUUUAUUUUACUUAUUUAACACAUGAUUGUUUAUUUGCCUAUAUUUUUUAGGUUAUUUUAUUUUAUAAUAGUGAAAUAUUUGACGAGCUUACAUAGAUAAGAAUUAAAACAAUCUUUUAUGUUAUUUAUUAAGUUUUAUAUUUAAAUUUUCUCAAUAAUUCUCGUUUUUCUGUGAAACACAUUAUAAUUUUAUUCGAAUUCUGUUUUCAUACGAUCAGCUUAGAUACAUUACAUUUGUGCCAAAGUUUUAAACUAAUAGUUUUUUGAUUCAUUUUAAACCUAAGUACCGACAGUCCUAUAAACUGUGUUAUUACGUAAUUUGGCUUUUUACAUUUUGUAAUUCGUGGUGUAGAUACAUUGUUCUCUGGCACUUAGCUAGGCCUAUUAGAUUACUAAAUAAUUCAAAUAUUUUACGAGUCCAUGUGCGUGUUAUUAGACGACUUGGGUGUUUGUGUUUUAUUAUCGGUAGACAAAUAGCUAUUCUUGUAUGUACUAUAGAUCGCGCUCUAAGCUACGUGAGUAACAUAUCAGUCACCAUUCAGUAGCUUUUACCUUUAGGGAUAAUUGUGAAUGAAAAUAUUGAAUUUAUUAAAUAAAUCAGCUUAAACCUAAACCGAUCGAUGGAUGUUAUAUUUUUAUUUAAUAAAUUCAUAAAAAUUAAUGUUGUAAUUGUAUAUUUCCCGUCGCUGCGUCUCGUACCGGAAUCAAUAACAACGCAAGUAAAUGUCGGUAUGAAUAUUAGAAACGAAACGUGUUAGAUAUGUAUUUAACUAAUAAAUUGUUUAUUUACAAAUUGUAUGUGUAUUUUAUAGAAAAAUAAAUAAAUAAAUAAAAAAAAAAUCAAACAA